AUGCAUAUUAAAAAACCCCAGGUUCAGGAGGAGCGUCAAUUGUCUUGGGAUCAGAGAGAGGUGGAGCGCCAGCUGUACCUCUAUGAGAAACAGCAGAACCAAAUCAUCGGCUCUGCCCAGAAGGUCCUGUAUAACACCAGACACACACACACCGGUUGUGCCCCAAAUGGCACCCUAAUCUUCUUCUUUUAUGGUAUAAUGGCGGUCCUCAAACAAGCGUUUAAGGUGCAUGCCGCCACCUACUGUGCUGGAGUGUGGUCAUUCACGGUCACUCUACAAUACUAUAAAAUAAAACAAACCCAUAAUCCUAAAUCCCCUUACCUACUGUAACUGCUAAGAAAGUAAAAAAGAGCCCUACUAACUUCUAACAGACCCUCCUCAUCCCCAAAUCCCUUCCAAACCCCCCCCCAACUCCAUCCAACCUCAAUAACCCUACACUUUAAUCUGUCCCUCUCUUCAACAAUACAACAACACAUGCUCCACCGUUUCAUCGACCAUACACUCAGUCACAAAACAUUCUCAUGCUUGCCAACCAGAUGUAAUGACGAGUUUAAUGUCCUAGGCCCAACCAAGCAAACACCACCUCUUCCUUCCUUCCAACUGUCUGCCAAUAGGAAUGACUGUACAUGAAUGCUCAGUAUCAUAUUUAUGUUCAACAAAUAAUUUAGCCAUGCAUGAUAUAUUAAUCAUAAGUAACACUGUCUCAAACCAUUUGCUGCCAAGUCAACCAAUUUUAAAGAUUUUGAGUCCUAGUCUCACUUAACCCUGGUGUUUGUGGUUGUUGUAGUUUGAAGAGGCUACUGGUGCCCUGCCAGACCCCAGCCUGCCCCUGGCCCACCAGCUGGACUUUGCCUUGGGAAAAAUCAAAGAGCACCAUGCUGGAGACCCUGGCCACCUGCAAAACUCUGGAUGAGGUACAGUAUUACUUUCAGCUCCUUAGUAUACACAUUACAACAGACUUCCAAUACCACUGCUUCAAAGCAACAGCUUGGAAUCAGGUUGAGAAGUACCUCUGUGACAAGGGCAUUGUAUAAGCCUAUUAGCCUUGCAUUCUAAGGGGUAUGCUAGUAUGGAUAUUGGAACAUAGCCAUCAUCUCUGAGCCUGUCUUUCUUUUUGUUCUCUCUGUGCAGAAGCUGAAAGAGAAGGACUCAACACUGUGGAAGGCAGAGCAGAAUGUCCUCUCUAGGGACAGGGUAAUUAACGAUCUGCAUAUGCGUCUCCCUGCAGCUGCAGACAGGGAGAGACUCCUGGCAGACCUGGCCAAGCACAAGGAGGACCAGGCAGAGAGCCAACCAACCCUCAAAGUGGCCCACCAGACCAUCAACAACCUGCAGGGCCGCCUGAACCAGAAGGAGGAGGUCCUUAAGAAGUACCAGAACCUAUUGGCCCGUGCUAGACAGGUAAAUGCAAUGGAUAGAGAACUAGAAGAGAGCUAGAAGCAACAAGCCAGACAUUAUGUACACAUCUUUCUUGUGUACCAACUAAUGUUUUGAUGGGGCGGCAGGUAUCCUAGCGGUUAAGAGCGUUGGGCCAGUAACUGAAAGGUCGCUUGUUUGAAUCCCAGAGCCGACUAGGUAAAAAAUGUGUCUGUGCCCUUGAGCAAGGCACUUCUUCCUAAUUGCUCCUGUAAGUCGCUCUGGAUAAGAGUGUCUGCUAAAUUACUAAAAUGUAAAUGUAUGUAGAGAGUGAGGGUGCGAGAUGUUCUUUUGCCGUCUCUCUGUUAUGUGCAUACGCUUGUUUGUCUGUCUGUGUGUGGUAGUCUCCCGAGUGGCGCAGUGGUCUACUAGAGAUCCUGUUUCGAAUCCAGGCUCUGUCGUAGUCGGCCGCGACCGGGAGACCCAUGGGGCGGCGCACAAUUGGCCCAGCGUCGUCCAGGGUAGGGGAGGGAAUGGCCGGCAGGGAUGUAGCUCAGUUGGUAGAGCAUGGCGUUUGCAACGCCAGGGUUGUGGGUUCGAUUCCCACGGGGGGCCAGUAUGAAAAAUAAAUAAAAAUAAUAAUGUAUGCACUCACUAACUGUAAGAGCGUCUGCUAAAUGACUAAAAUGUUUUGGUGUGUGCUGGGAUGGUUCUGACAUCUUUGGCCCUCCUCUGUUACCUCAGGAGCAGGAGGACAUCACCAGGAGACAUGAGGAGGAGGUGAGGACACUGCACCAGAAACUGGACCUGCACACUGACACCUCCCUGGACCGCUUCAAACAGACUGUACUGGAAUGUAACAUAGUCCCACACUCUCUCUCUUGGUCUUGGUUCAGAAAUCCCAGUUGGAAGAUUCCCAGUUGGAAGUUCCCAGAAUAUUGUACGUCUGGAUCAAUGAUCUCUACCUCAAUAAAGCAUUGCUAUGGACUUUUAUGAUGUCACUCACUGUUCUUUAUUUGGGGAGACCUUUUCCCGGUAUCUCUUCUCUUCUUCUAUCCCGGUAAAUCUCUUCUUCUCCUUGUCCUCCCCAGGAGUUGAUGAAGAAGCCCACCAUCACAGUGCCGACCAGCAAACACCUGGUGCGCCUGGCUGAGAUGGAGCAGACUGUGGAGGAACAGGACAGCUCUCUCUCCUCCCUGACUGACCGGCUGAAAGAGAGGUGCCCACUGCAGAGCUGGACAGGCAGAGGAACUUCACAGCCAUGCAGGCCAAGGAGCACACCUCAGAGAAGGCUAAGUAAGUCACUGGCUUACUUAGCUUUGAUAAUCAAUGCUAUAUAAAAAAAACCUGACUGAUCAGUCAUGAUUCUGGAUAAUUGUAAUCGUUUUUUUUUUUUUAUCUGCAUUUUAUUUUAUUUGUCAUAUGUGAUCAGGAAAAGUGCACUUGAUCGCAUCCCAGACCUGGGAAUGGACUACAUUAUAAUAUAAUAGAUUUUCUGAAAGAAAUGGUCAAUGAUAAAGCGACAGUAUUAGCCAUUUUAAAUGUAUAAAACUGUUUUUUAUUCAAUUGUCUUUGUUAAUAUAAUUUCAUCCCAUCCAACCAAGUUGGCCUGUGCCCUGGGUUUAGCUUAGCCUAACCCCACUGUGUGUGUUCCAGGCUGGAGGAGCAUCAUGCAGCCCAGGCCAAGGCCCUGUCAGGGGAGGCUGAGGAGCAGCAGGCUAAGCUGGGUUAG